UGUGUGUGUGUGUGUGUGUGUGUGUGUGGAAGCAGUGUGUGAGAAGUGACGAUCAUGCAGCAUGGUGUGUUAUAAAAAAUUAUGAAACAAGCUUGCUACCUACCAGUACUCAGUCUAUGAUUAAAGCAUCAGUGUUUUAAAUUCCUAAACAUAACGCAAACAUGGAUGGAUGCAUGAAUGGAUAAAAAGACCGGAAAAUCACCCAGAAAUGAGACGUUUUGGAUCAUAUAGCGGGUAAUAUUUUCUGCCACGGAAAAAAUCUAGGUGUCUUUUCAGAUGCCAUCAGCCAGGUUAAAACUCCACUUCAUCCUCUAAGAGUAUGUUGAAAGCUUUGAUUGGACUUUGCACCCUUCAUCUCACAACUAUCUUUUUACUUUUUUGGGCCACUAUCGAUGAUGCCUGGUGGUUUACAAGAACCAUGUACACAGACCUGUGGGGGAGAUGGGUGAUGGAGAGAAAUGAUGAUGUCUGGGUAUACAUGGACAUUCCAACAUCUUACCGAAAAGAUUACUUGCAGGCAGUACAGGGAUUUGCAGUGUUGGCCUGCCUCUUUGCAGUCAUCUCCCUGUGUGUGUUCCUAUUUCAACUCUUUACACUGGGGAAAGGAAAGAGGUUCACAAUCGCUGGAGUUCUGCAGCUUAUGUCAUGCUUCUGUAUUAUGGUGGCCCUAUCUGUCUACACGGAUCACUUCCACAGAGGAGAGAAGGAUGGCUGGUAUGGCUGGUCCUAUAUCAUGGCUUGGUUUGGCUGGCUGCUCGCGCUGAUCAAUGGCGCCAUCUACGUAAUCCUGCGCAAGAGGGUGGAUUAAAUCAGGAAACUAUGUAAAAUACAAAAACAAAAGCUAUUAAGGACUAGUUAGCAAGAGUGAUCAUGCUGAUAGAUUCUUGUGAAUUUCACUUGCUGUUAGUCUAAUUAUCCGUUUGGUAUAAGAAUUCCUUUUGGUGUACUUCCAGACUAAAAAGAUUAUUAACAGAGAAUUUGAAUAGGCAGAAAAGGUAAAGACUAGUUAAGGAAGUCAUGAUGUGUUUGCGAUCUUCAGAUCAUCAAAUUGUCAAAGGGUUAUAUUAUACACUGUAUAAAUAAUCGGUAACUUUACCCCAAAAUCCACACCCAUGUGCUGUACUGGAUAAACUGAGGUUCUUUAGAUUUGAAAUAUACUGUACAAUCACAAGUGCUCUUCCAAAGAUUAUAGGCCAUUCACAGUUUUAGCCGUGUCUACUACCAAAAGGAUUAGCUAAAAGUGAAAACUGAAGGAAAAAGAUUAGUCAAUCUUUUAAAUUA